GGAGCAAGAAUAUUAUUUUUGUUGUUGAAGUAUUACAAAAUGGAGAAAUUAGGCAAAAAUGAUGUUGUUAAAGUCAAAGAAAUUGAUGCCACAGUGAAAAAUAAAUUUUCGUUUGCAUGGCUAGAGCGAGAAAUUGACUUAUUGAUUGUUGGUAAACCGUACAAAUAUAUGAACGAUACAAUGAAAAACAGAACAGUUGAGAACCUGAAAGUAAACAAAUUCUCCCAAAAUAUUGAUGAAAGUACUAGUACAAACCUCCACAGAGUUUUGACGAUACUAGUGAGCUACUUUGAUAAACAAAAAUCAUCGGUGAUUGAGCACCUAGCAUCACUUGAUGUAAUUAAGGUUGAUGCUGAAACAUUAACAGAGCAUAUUGUUAGUAUAUUCACUGAGAAUGAAAUUCCAUGGUCAAAUUUGGUCUCCGUGUUGAUGGACUCUUGUAGUGUUAUGAGGGGGAGUAAAUCAGGAGUUGAAACCAGAUUGAAGCAAUAUGCCCCACAUCUCUUGGACAUUGAUGGCGACACAUGCCAUCAUGUUCAUAAUGCAUCAAAGAAAUUCUGCGCUCCUUUUGAUUGCUGGAUAGAACAUUUGUUCACAGACAUAGCAAAUGAUGUAAAAUGGAGCACAGACACAAGAGAUGCCAUGAAAGAGGUGGCGAUUCUUUUGGAUGUGAAAUUUACCAUGCCAGAGAGAUAUGUUUCACACCGGUGGCUAUCAUGCUAUGAUGUGGCAGUGAACACAAAACGUAUGUCUGAUGUCCACAAGGUGUUCUAUUACUCAUUCUUAAGAACUGAAGACCAGGCAAUAUACUCCCAAAUCAUAGAUGAAGUGCUUCAGCGAAGACGAGUUGGAGAAAAUGCAACGAGGGAAAUAAGAGCUAUCCAGAAGGCCUUUGGAAAGAAGAAACUGACGACUGAUGGCAAGAACAGGAAAGGACGCAUCAUUGAACGUCUUUUUGAAAAAUCUGUGAAGUCAGAGUUAACAUUGAAUUUCUACAUUUCAGUCCUACCAAUGCUGAAAUGUUAUGUAACCAUGUUUGAAACAAAGGAGCCCCUUAUUCAUACACUUAUGGAAAAACAGGAAAACCUGAUGGCCAAGUUUCUGGCCUGUAUCGUUAGACUAGAAGUUGUGAUUGAAAAGUCAGGCAGUAAGUUGUGCAAGGUAGAUUUGGGAGAUGAUAGUGAUGUUUUUCUUAGAGAGAAGGACAUGUUCAUCGGAGCUGCCAACAAGAAACUUAUCUCUUCACUCUCAGGCAAAGACCCAGUUGUGCAGGAUUUCAGAAAGCGUGCUGCCACUGCAUAUAUCACUUGUGCCAGGUAUCUGCAGCACAAACUUCCUCUGAAAAACCAAGUACUUCGUGCUGCUUCAGGUAUUAGUCCAGAUCGCAGAGCUUGUGAAAACCAUCAAUGAGGAUGAAGAUGUUAUCCCUUAUAACUGGAAGCUGAGUGUAAUCAGUAACCUUGUUCCUUCUCCAACAAAAGUAAUAACAGUGUAAACCUGACUAAUUAGUUGAAGGAUUAAUCUGGAUUAUUGAUUUUCAGUGAUAUAACCUUUCAUUUUAAGACAGUCUCAGAGUACUGAAAUCCCUUAAAACCUAAGAGCUUCCGGGGGGCUUCGCCCCCCCGGACCCCCUACCAGGGCUUUGCCCUGAACCCACAAGGGGACAUGCUACCCCCUUGACCCCCGGCGAAUUUUUUCCUCUUUUUUGUAAAUCAGCCAUUCUCAUGACCGUCAAACGUCAAGGUCACAGUGACAUUCAUUGAAAAAAGCUUGUCUGUGUGAUAACUUGUCAAUGCCUUAACCCAUGUCCCUCAAACUUCACAUUUAGAUUUUUGUAGACCAGCUGAUGACUCAUAUGGAUUUUGAGGUCAUAGAGUCAAAGGUCAUGGUCAUAACACACUCUAUCCUCACACUUUGAAUGGUCAUAAUCUUAAAACUGCCUCAACGGCAUCCAAUGUCUGUGACUAAUCAGCUGUCAUUUCGGUCCAUGCUUAUUUAAUUCAAUUGUUCAUAUAAUCCUGACAACAUGGCGCUCAGGUGGGGGCAUAAUGUUUGACAAACAUCUCUUGUUGAUACUUGGCUCAUUUCUUACAUGUAGCUGUAACAUUUUGGGCAACUUCUCAAUUAUUUUGUUUAAGACAUUUUUUAUCCAGCUCAUCUAAGCUUAAGUUAGUGUUUAUGUUAACUUUUAUGACUGCCUGUUUAUUGAACUUUUUAUGAAUUAUUUUCAAUGACUUUUUCUCAAGAACCAUUUGGCUAAAUAUGUUUCCUCCUGAAAUAGACUAAUUCUUUUAGAUCGAGUUGUCUGUCUGUCCGUCUGUAACAAAUUGUGUCUGCUCCAUGUCUCUUUAACCUUUUGAAGGAUUUGAUAUAACUUCCCACAAAUGUACACCAUAUUGAGAGUAAGGGUUUGUUAUUAUAACUGUUGAGCAGUUUCUGAACUUGACUGUAUUAUAUCUUGCAUUUACCUCAAGCUGUUAAGUGAACAAUAUAACAUUGACCAAUACAAGGAACUAAACGUUCUAGGUCACCAUUUUGGAAUAAAGUAGUACUUAAAGCUCAUAUUUCCAUAAGAAUCUGCUCAUACACAGUUUAAAUAGCUUAUACAAGUAUAUCAUUUCAACAUAACAUCAGAUCCUCCACUGUUUUAUGUUUGCAACAUUUUUGUUUUAAACUUUGAUUUAUAUAUCAUGACUUUUAUGAACAAAUACCAAACAGCAACUCACAGAUCUAUGCUAAUUUGGGCAGAAUUUUGUAAAUCCAAGCAUUGUCAUUUGAUAUUCAAUGCUUUUUGGCAAAUUGGGGCAUUUUCUGUCACAUUAAAAUCAAUAUAAACAAUAAAUCUCCAACAUUUUUUGUGCCCAUUCUUUGCCAAUUAUUUGUUUGUCUCUUGGUAUACAUGUAUGUUUAUUCAUAC